UUGGUCCAAACAAGUGUCAUUUACACAGAGAGAGCAGGACAUGAUGGAGAUUAAGCAGUUUGAGCUGCAAAAACAAAAACUAAGCAAUAUAAAAAGUAUUUGAAACUACUUUUGAAGUCACCCACGACAUGGUUUACAUUCCUGUCGGCUUGUGUUAGCACUUACAACGGUAAGAUAUUUUCGAAAAGACGGAAAUGGAGUUUUUUUCCUAUGGACUCGACCGCAUGAGUUGAUGUUGUUUUAAGGAAGCUAGCGUUUUUUGUUUCUGGUCUUUCUUCAGUGCAAAAAUCUAUGUAAUAAUACCUCAGUCCCUUUUAAAAAAACAAAAACUUCCUGUUACAGUAUUUACGGCCACUUUUUUUCGGCUGAAGGAUGUCAACACCGAACAACUCGCUACCACAGCCAAGGGUGAGACGCAGCACUGCUGGCUCCCCGGGCUCCAACAGCGGCGGUGGAGGAAGUUCCGUUGGAGGCAGCGGCGGCUGUCGACUGCACCCCAUCCGAGCCACCGUGCCCUACCAGCUACUUAGAGCGGGUCAGAGUAGCCCGACUCGGCCGCAGAACCACCACGGAGGAGGAGGUGGUGGUGGGGGAGGAGGAGGAACAGCCAGCCGAGGCUCCAGCACCCCCUCCAGCCCGACACUGACUCCAGGAAGUGCGAAUGCAAAACAGAGACUGUCCCCCGAAAACAGAGACGCUUCCUGUCCUCCAGACUCUCCUGGAUCCAGAGCAGAGAGGUCUAAGCUACAGGUACGGAGUUCCAGUGCCAUCCGACGGACGUCAUCCCUGGACGCAAUCACGGGGCCAUACCUCACCGGGCAGUGGCCGCGAGACACUCAUGGACCUUACCCUUCUUGUAUGAAAGACAAAGCCACACAGACUCCGGGUCUCUGGAACGACGAAGCAGCAGAACAGGGAAGUCCACACCAGCGUUCAGCCUCCUGGGGCAGCGCCGACCAUCUCAAGGAGCAGAUUGCUAAGCUGAGACUGCAGUUGCAACGCACUAAACAAGCUGGUCGACAGAGCAAAGACAGGGAGCAGAGCUCACUGCAGCUGCCACCGCAGACGCAGCACAGCACACUGUGCCAAACACAGUACAAGGCAUCACCUUCAGCCUUAUCCACCAUCCCUUUGCCAAAAUCCUUCAUGUGCCGAGUGCCGAGCAGCGUAGAAGGAAUAAACCACGAGCUGGAAAAUGUGUUUAUCAGAGAGGAUUUGGAGGGCAUACAGGCCAUGGACGUAGUGGAUGGCCGACGUCCUCCGUUCCCUCCACAUCGCUACAGCAGCGGGGACACACGGGACACAGACACACAAGCGCCCUCCAGUGGUGACUCCAGUCCAUCGCCUCGCCCCUGCAGCUCUGACCUCAUCCACUCAGAUGGAAGCCCCUGUUCUGCAGAGGAUAUCGACAAAGACAAUGUGUGCAGUUCCCCCCUGCCCAAGUUUGCCACUUCUCCCAAACCGAACAACAGCUACAUGUUUAAACGGGAACCACCAGAAGGAUGUGAGAAGGUCAAAGUGUUUGAGGAGCUAGAGUCUGGCAAAUCAAAAGGCUUCCCUCUAUUCUCGUGCCCCGACAAAAACAAGGUGAACUUCAUUCCACGAGGCUCCGCCUUCUGCCCUGUCAAACUCCUCUGCUCCUCCUUCUUCUCGCCUCCCUCCCCUUUGUCCUGCUCCUCAGCCAACUCCGGUUUGAACGGCGGCGACAGCCCCGCACCUCAGGUGACGCCAGCCUUGCCCACUGCACCACUACCUACCUUCACAACCUCCGCUGACAGAAGCACAGAUAAAAGCACAGACGGUCAGAGCCACGACGUAGACGCCGGGAACGAUGCUAGCGGCUCAGCGCGCGUUCUCCUCACCAGUUAGUCCUCAGGUAUCCUGAAACAAAACCCACAACAAAAGGAACAUUUCAACUAGACAGUUGUUUUGGAGGGAUAAAAAAAAGAAGAAAAACAAAAAAAAACUUGCACUCCGUUAAUCUUAACAUUAGCCAGCAGGGAGCGCCCAAGGUCUAGUUUGGGUAUAAACUAAUAAUGGUACCAACAUCCUGCUGUUCCCCACUUUGGACCUUGGGUACAGCCUCCUUUUACCCGUCACUAACCUUUACCUCCUCCUCUGUACCGUGAUUUCACCUUAAAAACAAUAGCUUUGCUUGUUUUUUUUUUGUUUUUGCAAAACAUUAAAAAAAGAAAUUAAAAAGAGACAACUGCUCAAAUUACUGUUACGUAGCUGCUGGAUGUUUUCUCAAGAUAAUAUGAGAUAAUUAAAUAAAAAAUAAAAAAAGUCCAAAACAA